GCCGGUGCUGUACCUCUGUGGGUUUGGAACUUAGUGGCUGGGGGGCCCCUGGUCCAAGUGCCGUCUUGCGCGCGGUCCUCCCAGCCCCGCGCUCCCGCGGGAUCUGUUCACCCUCGGCAGACGGCCUUUCCCAUCCCCUGCGGCCCCUGGGACUCGCGCCUCCAGAAGGUUCUUACAAAAGUAGUGGAAAGGAACUCUUCUCCCCCUAAAUGGCUACAGAAUCAAGAAAGCCUUCAGCCCCAUCUCCACCAGACCAAGCUCCUGAGGAGGAUCUUGUCAUCGUCAAGGUGGAGGAAGAUCAUGGUUGGGACCAGGAAUCUGGCCUACAUGAAAGUAAUCCUCCUGGCCAAGAACUAUUUCGCCAACGCUUCAGACAGUUGUGUUACCAGGAGACACUAGGACCCCGAGAAGCUCUGAUCCAACUCCGGGCACUUUGCCAUCAGUGGCUUAGGCCAGACUUGAACACCAAGGAGCAGAUCCUGGAGCUACUGGUACUCGAGCAGUUCCUGACCAUUCUACCUGAGGAGCUUCGGGCUCUGGUUAAAGAACAUCAAUUAGAGAAUGGAGAGGAAGUGGUGACCCUAUUGGAGGAUUUGGAAAGGCAAAUUGAUAUACUGGGACGGCCUGUCCCAGCUCGUGCACAUGGCCAUAGGGUACUUUGGGAAGAGAUAGUGCCUUCAGAAUCUUCACCACGUACUCACCUCCAACCUAUAGCAACCCAGCGUAAAUCUCCGGUGCCCCCAAAGCCUCAAGAAAGUGCCAUGUCUACUUCUCAGAGUCCUACCCCUUCCCAGAAAGGAACUUCUGGAAACCAGGAGAUGACAGCUACACUCCUCACAACAGGGUUCCAGACUUUGGAGAAGAUCGAAGACAUGGCUGUGUCUCUUAUUCAAGAGGAGUGGCUUCUUGAUCCAAAUAGAGAUAACAGGCCAGAGAAUUACAGGAAUAUGUUCUCCCUGGGCGGUGAGACCAGGAAUGAGAACAAGGAAUUAGCUUCAAAACAGUCCCAGUACCUGUGUCAGCAAAGGAAGUGGACGUAUUAGUGAUGAUUUUGAGAGUGAUGCAGAGAAAGAGGUGAGUGGAGACUCAGCCUGGCUGUUCUUGAGCUUGGAUAGUUGUACAUGGUGGUUACCUCUGAUUCUCCUCCACCUUCUUGUGUACACUGCACAAAAGAUGUUUCCACUGCCCUACUUAUGGUGUCACAUAGGAAAAAGAGGAGAUGGGGGUAGGGUUCUUGAAGAAGACAUAAAACUCUUACAAAGAAUUAUGUCAUCCCUUUUAGGCCACUGCAGUACUGCUCUCUCAGGUUAUUAUCAGUCUGCACAGAUAUCUUAACUAGUUGGUUUUUCUUGUCAUUACCCCAGUCUACGUUCUUACAUGGCCACUGAUCAUUUUCCAUCUGUUUUUUGCCAUUCAUUUGUACAACAUUAAUGUCUACGAUCUGUUUGGAAUUCUAAUGUGCUCCAUGAGAACUGGUGUCUAUAAUCUCAUAACAAAGACACACUAUUAAACUUGUCAUCACCAGGCAUAGCUCAUCCUUGAGGUUUUCAGUAUGCCAAGGGUUACAGUAUAGAGUGAGAGUAGUUUCCAGUAACAUGUCAGAUCUUAUACAUUGCAAAUGAGGUAUCCUUUAAAUUGAGUAGUUCUAUUUUAAAAUACUAUUAUUUUUGAUAGUAUUGCUAUUCCUCCAAAUAUUUGGAAAUUCCUAUUUUAUCAACCCUGCAAGAAAACACUAUUCCUAUAUCACAUUUUGGUUUUAAUCAUUGGUUAGCCAUGUAUUUAGAAUAACUUUGCUUUCCAGAAUUAACCCUCACACAUGAAAUUAUUCCAUAAGCCUAUUAGGAAAAAAAAAACUAUGAGUUUUCAUGAAAACUCCAAGAGAAAUAACAUGAUUUCACACUGUGAUUAUCCCAGAAAAGGACAAUAGUUAUGAUUGAUAGGUUUUAUAAAAUCAGUCAUAGAUUCUUACCUCAUAGAGUCCACCUUUUGGAUCAUAAAUUCUUGAUGACAUUUCUCUACCUCCUGUGGCUCACCUUUGAUCACAAACAGUCUUCACUGAGCCAUUGUACUUAUUCAUCACUUGUCCUAGUUUCUUCGAUUAACUUUCACAGGAGUCUUUUUCGUUCCCUCUUUUAAUCUCUUCCUCUACUCCCUCUCCCCCACAUAUAGAUUAGCAGUUCUAACUCCCUGUACUUGACUUUCCAAGAAACCAGAAACAAGUAUAUCUAGGACUGCCCGAAUCCUUGUUCCCUGCCUGGGUUGUGCCUUACCCCCUGUAAGAUAAUAAUUCUGUCUGAGGCCACUGUUACCUUAUAUCCAAAUAUUUCAUAGGAUGGCUAAUGUGUCAGAGGGAAAAUAAAUAUGUGUGCCCAUCUGUGUGUAUACAUCCACUUUUCUCAUGUUUUCAAGAAACACUUGCCUUCGAUUCCAGUAAACACCUAUUUUAGCAGUGCAUCAUAAUGAAAUGUCUGUAAAUGUAGUGCCUCUUUAGGCAUUAGGAUCCACCAUAAUGUGUAACCAGAUUAUUAAAGUCUCAAAAUUACUAAGCCUCUGGCAGCAAGCUAGUAUAUGUAUUAUCCUGGGAUAAAUGUGAGAAAAGAUUGUCACUUAAAGGCUUUCAAAGCUCAUUCAGCAUAUAUAUCAAAAUAGCAACAUGGUAUCAAAGAUGAUCAUUUUUUUUAAAGAGGCUGCAUAGAAUUUAGCACUAGAAUAUUGCUGAUCAGGCUAUAUGACAUUAUUUUGAGCUCAUAUUAUAAAGGGAUACAUUAUAUUCCUUAUGUUUUUAUGCUCUCAAUGAACUAUUCACCAAAACUUUCUUCUAUCUUCAGUUAGAGGCUGACAUAAUAAAAUGGUUCUUCCAUAACUCUUACUGCUAUCAAAUAUAGCCCUAGGAGAGACAUCUUAGGUUUCACAGAAUUUUCUCUGAGGCUCAGCAACCAUGCUGAGAAUUUAAUGGUUGAUUCCCAAAUGGAAGAGUUUAGCUUUACUCUUGGUUCUAAGUCUCCAGAUAAUAUGGGGCACUAACUCUACCAGACUUACAUUAAGCAUUUCUGCUACUUAUGAUAGAUUUGAUUCAAUUUAUAGAUGGCAAAACAUUGUUUUGAGAACUGAUCAAUGUCACACAGACAGUAAAUGGUACAACAAACAUUAAACUUACACAAGCCUGGACACUUGACCUCGAUGCUAUACCAUGUAUAAUGAACAUAUCAUAACUCUGGACAGCCAUUAUGUAUCCCUGAGUAAGAUAAUGUACAAGAUAGUACAGAUCUAUUUCAAUUACUUGAAAAUAGCACUUUGGGUUUUAUCAUUUUCAACUAUUGGUGCUUUUGAUGCUUUUCAGUAUGAGAUAGCUAAAUCAUAUAAAUAAAACCUAUAAAAGAGUAAUGUGAGGAUAAAAAAAUAACUUACAAAUUGAAAUACAUUUACUUUCUAAACUGACUAGAGAAAAGUAAAUUGUGAAAAGACAUGAAAUAUCUCUGAUCCUCUCUGGGCAAAUGGACAAUUAAUACAAUAAUAGUAAGUUAAUUUAUAGCCUAAAAUAUGAGCUCUUCAGCCUCUCCACCCAUUUCCAAUAACAGUCCCAUUUCUUCUCUAUUAUGCUUGGUCUUUCAAAUGCAUCAUCUAAUUUACCACAUUGUCUUCAUUCUUAAAACUUCUUACUAAUUUUCUCUUGUAUUGUGAAUAGGGCUUGAACUCAGGCCAUUAUGCUCCCACUCCGCUUUCUUGCUCACAAAUGGCACUCUACCAUUUGAACCACACCUCCAGUCCAGUAUUUGGCUAGUUCAUGGAUAUGGAGUGUCUCAGACUUUUCUGCCCGAGCUGACUUCAGACUUCAGUUCUCCAGGUCUCAGCCUCCUGAGUAUCAAGGAUUACAGGUGCGAGCACUCGGCUCCUUACUAAUUUUCAUACUCAGCAUUGAAAUGUCCUUAGAAUGCCAGUAAGUAGUAUUAAGACUUUGAGGGGAGAGAAGGCAGGUUGGUUUUUUGAGAUAGAGUCUAUGUAGUCCAGGCUGAUCUGGAACUCACUGUGUAGCCCACAGCCUCAAAUUCACAAUCUUCCUGCCUUAGCCUCCCAACUACUGGGAUUACAGGCAAGAUCUUCCUUGCUUAGUUUCAUUCCUGUCCUCUGCAAUUUCAUUUAUAUUUCAUAUUGUUGAAUUCCUUCUGCACCUCAGGAUUUCUUUUUUCCUUUAGCUUAUGAAAUCCUGUUAGGCCAUUUUUCUCUACUAUCUGGCUUUUCUAGUCUUUUUUUCCCUCUUAUAUACCAAUAAUAAUCUCUGUAUCUUAUUUUUGCCCACUACUUUUUCUGUAUUCCUACCUAUUCAUUUGUCUACUUUUUAUAUUUGAGUGACUUCGUAUUUCCUACCAUAUGUGUCAUAUCUGAACUUGUGGAAUUUUCCACAGGUUCUUAUACAACCUGGUAUUUAAAGCAAAGCUUGUCGCUCUUUUUCCCUGAUCUCCAGUUAACUUUCAAAUAAAGUAGCAGGAACGCUCAAUACCUUUUGCAUUUUUCAUUCCAAUCUUGAAGUUACCUUUUCAUCUUUUUCUGCUCUCCACACUUCAUGUCCAAAAUUUUGCUGAUCUAAUUCUUAGUCUUCCUCUUGAGUCUUGAUGUGUUACAUUGUUACCAUCCCCUACAGUCUUCCAUGCAAAUCUGUAUCUUUUAACGCCUAGAUGGUUGUAUUUUUUUUUCUUUCCAGUUUUCUUGCUCUCAAAAACCCUGUGUUGGAUAAAUCUUCCAAAAUGACAAGUCAAACUAUUUUCAUGGUAUCUCAUUUUUCCUCAACACCUGGCAGGUAAUUCUUAUCAAAGCAGAGGUGUUUCAAGUUCUCCCAUACCUUGCCUUCCAUGCUUAAUCUGCCUCAAUCUUCAUUACUGUCCAACAUCAGCCUGCUCACCUUUAUUCAUUGCAUUCAUGCAUCCUACAGCCUUUCUACAGGCCCCACCUCUGUGCCUUUCUCAUGCUGUUCUAUUUUGCUUAGAUCAUUCUUUGGCCUAACUCGUGUUCAUCACUCCCUGUAAAACCUAGAUUUCUUUGUAUCUCCUGAGUGAGCUGUCCCUGACUGCCUUUGCUUCACACAGAGCCCUCUCUUAUUCUGUGCUGUCUCAGCACUUAUCUUUUGAGUUUGUACUGUGAUCCAUGCACUUACCAAAAUGUUACUCUGUGAUUAUUUUCUAGCAGUCUGUUGUAGUUUCACAUUUGUAUUUAUUUCAAAACUUAAAUUGUAAGCUCCUUGAGAGCAGAAAUAACUUUGACAUUUGUAUCACUGCACCCUCUAGUGCCUAGUACAGUGCUGAGCACAUUGUAGGCGUUUAAUAAAAUGCUUGUUGAA